UCCAGAAAAACCUCCCGAAAAACCGUCAACGUCCGUGAAUGGCGAAGUGCCGCAUUACAGAGGUCGACUGACUAAUCCAAUUGUAGGCUGCGCAAACUUUUGCUCUCUCUUGUUGAGCUACCACCGUCGCAGCUAUAAUAAUUUAUUACUACUGUUCAGUAUUAUUAUAUAACUACAAGCAAAGAACACUCCAAAUUCAAUGUCUACAGCUCGAAAAGUAAUGGUGAACAUUUCAUGCUUGCUUUCACUGAAGCAAGGGCUCUCUCUCUCGUGCCCUCAGUCUUCUUCGCUCAAUCGAAUUCGUCAUUCUUCGUCACUGCCUUUUGGUGCAAGCUUCCAGAGAAGAAGCUAUGUCGUCGCCUCUUCAGCUUUUGCUAAUGAAAAUCGAGAGUUUGUUAUCGUUGGAGGUGGCAAUGCAGCUGGAUAUGCGGCAAGGACUUUUGUCGAACAUGGAAUGGCUGAUGGACGCCUCUGUAUCGUCUCUAAAGAGGCUCAUGCUCCUUAUGAGCGUCCAGCUUUGACAAAAGGUUACUUGUUUCCUCCAGACAAAAAACCAGCAAGAUUACCCGGUUUUCAUACUUGUGUUGGAUCAGGUGGUGAAAGGCAAACUCCUGAGUGGUAUAAGGAAAAAGGGAUAGAGAUGUUGUAUGAAGAUCCUGUAACAGGCAUUGAUAUUGAAAAGCAAACACUAACAACAAAUUCAGGCAAACUGCUCAAAUACAGAUCCCUUAUAAUUGCUACUGGAUGUACAGCCUCAAGAUUUCCGGAGAAAAUUGGAGGAAAUCUGCCUGGUGUUCACUAUAUCAGAGACGUGGCAGAUGCAGACUCAUUGAUAUCUUCUUUGGGGAAAGCAAGGAAGGUGGUUGUUGUUGGUGGCGGUUAUAUUGGUAUGGAGGUUGCAGCAGCAGCGGUUGGUUGGAAACUUGAUACAACGAUUAUAUUUCCAGAGAACCACCUCUUGCAAAGAUUGUUUACACCUUCACUUGCUCAAAGAUACGAAGAACUAUAUAAAGAGAAUGGUGUCAAAUUGUUGAAGGGUGCCUCAAUUAAAAACUUAGAAGCUGAUUCUGAUGGGCAUGUAGCUGCUGUUAAGCUUGAAGAUGGAUCUACUGUUGAUGCAGACACGAUUAUUUUUGGUAUUGGAGCAAAACCUGCUGUUAGCCCCUUUGAAAGGGUGGGACUAAAUAGCACUGUGGGUGGAAUACUGGUUGAUGGUCAGUUUCGAACAGCUUUACCUGGAAUUUUUGCAAUUGGAGAUGUUGCAGCCUUUCCAUUGAAGAUCUAUGACCGUAUCGCACGAGUUGAACACGUAGAUCAUGCUCGUCAAUCCGCACAACAUUGUGUUAAAGCAUUACUUAAUGCCCAUACUGACACAUAUGAUUAUCUUCCAUACUUCUACUCGAGGGUUUUUGAAUAUGAAGGGAGCCCCAGGAAAGUAUGGUGGCAGUUUUUUGGAGACAAUGAUGGAGAGACAAUUGAAGUUGGGAAUUUUGAUCCUAAAAUUGCUACUUUCUGGAUUGAUUCUGGUAAAUUGAAAGGAGUUCUUCUGGAAAGUGGGAGUCCUGAGGAAUUCCAACUCCUUCCUAAACUAGCAAGGAGUCAGCCUUUUGUUGACAAGGCGAGGCUUCAACAAGCAUCGUCAGUUGAGGAGGCACUGGAAAUCGCUCGGACAUCCCUACAAGCAGUUUAAGAGUAUGACAAGGAAGCUAAUUCAACCAGUAAGAUUUAUUUCUGUUGCCGCAACAGAACGUCACAUUGUUGAGGUAACAUUUUAUGUCGUAAGCUAACCGAGUUAUUAAUGAUUCUUUUUGCCUC